GUUUAGGUACCUGGUUAUCACAUGACCCGGCUCCCCGAACUAAAAUUGCCGAUCUCGAACCUCCGAAUCCUUUGAUAGGGGCAAGUCAUGGGUGAAAACGAGCACCAGGACAUUUAUGUCCUAGUCACUGGAGCCAACAGCGGCCUGGGCUUCUCAAUAUGCUGCCGCCUCGCCGACGAAUUUCUCUCUUCACACCCUGAAACACGAUCUCUGACCGUCCUAUUUACUACUCGGAGCACGCGCAAAGCCCAAGAUACCCAGCGCCGCCUCGAAAAGCACCUCCAAUCCUCCUCAAACCCCUCCGCCGCCACACGGGUGAAAUUCGUCCCCGAGAGCGUCGACCUCGGCGACCUUCUCUCCGUGCGCGCACUCUCUCGCCAACUUCUACAGAAAUAUCCCAAGCUCGAUGCUAUUGUCCUGAAUGCCGGACUUGGAGGUUGGUCCGGACUUAACUGGCCAGCCGCUGUCUGGGGCGUGUGCACCGAUCUCGUCCAGCAGGUGACAUGGCCAACAUAUAAGGUCGCACCCGUGGGUGUGUUGACGGAUAGACAAACGGAAGAAAAGGAUGAGCCACCACUGGGAUCUGUGUUCUGCGCCAAUGUCUUCGGUCACUAUAUGCUAGCGCAUAAUGUGGUUCCGCUGUUGAAACGGGCGCGUACUCCCAAUGGACCGGGCCGAGUGGUCUGGGUCUCGAGUAUCGAGGCCACGGUCAAGUUGUUCGAUGUCAAUGAUAUCCAGGGUCUUCGCACUAAAAAGCCUUAUGAGUCGUCCAAGGCUCUGACGGACGUCUUGGCCCUGACGUCAAAUCUCCCCAGCGCGGCUCCGUGGGCUGUGGAUAGCUUCAUGCGCGACGAUUCCCAGGAUCAGUCAGUUAGUUCAAACACGCCUACCAUGUUCGUGUCGCACCCCGGUAUCUGCGCCACCACUAUUGUUCCGCUUGCCCUACCCCUCAUCUGGGCUAUGUUGAUUGCGUUCUGGGCCGCGCGCAUGUUGGGUUCCCCGUGGCAUCCCAUUACCACAUAUUUGGGGGCCAGCUCCCCCGUCUUUCUGGCUUUGUCAUCAAAAGCUGCGCUGGAUGCUGCCGAAGCACCCUAUCGCCAAGCAGGCGGUGGGCGAGCGAAAUGGGGCUCGGGCGCCGAUCGGCGCGGCGUUGGAACUGUCAUCUGCACGGAGACCGAUAGCUGGGGCUACGGCGGUGUUGUUGGAACUCCUGUCGUCGAGGCUGAUCGACAACGGCGUCGGAAGCGUGGUGCGAUGGACCUCACCAGCGAAGACAAGGAGAAGUUUGAGGAGCUUGGCCGCCAAUGUUGGAAACAGAUGGAGGAGCUGAGGAUUACGUGGGAUGCGAUCCUGGACCGGGCCGAGAAGAACACCGGCUUGAAUUGA